AUGGCACCUCCCGCCCCAGACGAGGGGAGCACGACUAGGAGGCGGGUGAGCAAGAAGCUGCGCAAAACCCACAGAGAAGGCCACCAGCCCACGAUGGAGCUCCCCGAACGAUUUCGAGACGAUGGCGACGACGCCGAGGAAGACGUGCGGCCUUCAAACCAGGGUGCCCAGGUCUUUAUGAACAUGAAUCAGUCAAUAUUUGGUCUUAUCGCAGCGGCUGGAUCGACUGUUGACUUCAGCGACCGCUUCGACGGACAGUCUAGCGACGAGGACGAUAGUGGCGUCGGCACUGACGGUCCGCCAGGCACCAAGAAGCACCGUCUGCCCGGCACAUUUUCCGGUGCCCAAACGAUAGUGCUACCAAAGCGGGCUGACAGCAAGGACAAGGGCAAUGACAAGGAGGGCAAGCAUCAUAGGAGAAGCCUGUCCGGCAAGCUGCUGCGCUCUUUGCCUCAGCUACCCAAGCUCACAAGUCGCUCCUUGCGCAAGUCCUCAAAGCUGCGCAGCUCACAACUUUCCUCGGAUGGGGGAGACGAGUCGAGCUCGUCAAGUCCCCAGGACCCAGAGGCUGACUCUCCGAUAGUAGCAUCACCUACGGAGCAGAAGGUCGGUGGACGACUGGCACCUGUCAUGAGUAGAAUGCUAGAAGCCCGUGCCGAGAUGUCAUCACGACCAAGCUUCGACCUGGAAAGACUGUCUGGAGACUUCCGGCGGGGUGAUGACGGGCCGAGCGCGCUGGCCCGCAAACUCAAGGAAAUUUUCGAGUUUGAGCAUGCUGAGGAGGUGAUUCAAGAAUAUCCAUGCUGGCUUCUACAGAGCGUACUGCUACAGGGUUACAUGUACAUCACUGACAAGCACAUCUGCUUUUACGCAUACUUGCCUAAAAAAGCUCAUGAGGUCGCAAAGUCUGGUUAUCUCUCGAAGAGCGGCAAGCGGAAUCCCAAGUUCAAUCGCCACUGGUUCCGACUGAAGGGCGAUGUCCUGGCAUAUUACCGCAACGCAUCCAAUCUGUACUUCCCGGAUGGUCAGAUUGACCUUCGCUACGCCAUUUCUGCAAAUAUUACAGACAAGGACAAGGAGUCCAUCCACUUCUCAGUCGUCACUCACCAGCGCACAUACAACUUCAAGGCCGACAGUUCGCCAAGCGCGAAGGAAUGGGUGAAGAGUCUCCAGAGGGUCAUCUUCAGGUCGCACAACGAUGGCGACAGUGUCAAAAUCUCCCUUCCACUCGAGAAUGUGCUGGAUAUUGAGGACAGCCAGAUGGUGGAGUUUGCAGACACCUGCAAGAUCCGAGUCAUCGAUAACGAUGAGACGUAUGCGAUAGAUGAGUAUUUCUUCUCAUUCUUCAGCUUUGGCAAAGAGGCCAUCAAUGCCCUGAAGGCGACGAUUGAAAGACCAGUGCCCGGCGCGAAGACGAACAAGUUGAAGCUCAACAUCAACACUGGUUCACCAAGCUCCCCACUCGCAACAUCCGGCUCUGUCACACGCUCGCACAGCCCUGCGCCAGGGGCCGAGCUGAAAUCUCCGAAACUUCGUGAUCAUGUCAAGGCUACACUAUCGCCUAUUGGUCAUCCCGAAGCCUCGAGUCCUCGGGCUAGUGGCGACUUCUCACGCGCCAGCUUUGACGCCUUUCGGCAGAUUGGCAGGAGGAGUAUGGACCUGGACUCAGCUGCUCGCGAGCAGGCCAGAUCAUCGCCGAUGCGCCGUAGCUUCAGUGCCUCGAGGUCUUUGAGCCAAAGCCGACACGUCGACCAGUCCGCUCACACGGACAAGCUGGCCUCCUCCGAGUCCUAUGUUCAAUCCCUCGAAGACCCAAGUGGUGCCUCGGGAAUGAUCGAAUCAUCCAAUGAAUCACCUUCUGGCAGCCAAAUACUUCGAGGCAGUGAGGUAUUUCAUAGUCCGACAUUGCCUCGCCGAUCUACGUCCGGCUCGCCCGCCCCGGGACAAUCGAAACCCGCUCACAAACCUUCGUUCAAGCACAAGCCGGACUCACCUCGCGUACAGCCUAAAUCCAUGCCUGCCGGGGUUCCGACCGCUGAUAGCAAGACUGGCGGUUCCACCGAUGACGGUGAACCUCAGUCGUUGCAAAAUUUGGUCAAGAUGGGAGCAUAUCCAUUACAGAGAGCUGGCUUGUUCGCCAACUACCUAAACCAGACCAGCCGUCGGAUGAGCAAUCUCCUCGCCACGGAGUCGAUGGGAUACGUGGAGAAGGUCUCUGGCAUGUGGAAGGGUGGACGCAAGCACUACACUGAGCAGCCGGGGCUCAAAAUCGAGAAUGAAAGUGACGACGAGGACAACGAAAGCCAAGUCGCCGGCGCCACAGAACGUUUCCAGCAGCACUUUGCACUGCCUCCUACCGAGAAGCUCCAGGCUACCUACUUUGGAUUCAUCAUUCGCGUGCUGCCGCUCUACGGCAAGAUCUACAUUAGCGAACGAAACUUCUGCUUCCGAAGCCUGCUGCCGGGGACCAGAACAAAGCUCAUCCUGCCACUCAAGGACAUUGAGACGGUGGACAAGGAAAAGGGGUUUCGGUUUGGAUAUUCUGGCUUGGUGGUUGUUAUCCGUGGUCAUGAGGAGCUUUUCUUCGAAUUCAACCAGGCAGAAGCCCGAGACGACUGUGCGGUAACCUUGCAUCACAGCUUGGAGGCCGCCCGUUACAUGCGUGACUCCGAGACCCUCAAUAGGGAGGAGAAGGUGCAGGCAGAAGAAGCGAUUGCAGAGCGCGAUGCGCUGAACGAGGCUCGCCUCCAGCAGAACCCCGAGCACGAGCUCAAGAUGCCCCAAGGCGUUGAGCUUGGCGACUCAGCUCCGACCAUUCUCUUCGACGACCCCAAGGCGUCAUUCCUCAACUUCAAGCCAGCCGAGCCGAUGAAGAUCACUUGCCUCACAAUCGGCUCGAGGGGUGAUGUGCAGCCGUACAUCGCACUCUGCAAGGGCCUUCUCGCAGAGGGCCACAAGCCGCGGAUUGCGACGCAUGCCGAGUUCAAGGACUGGGUGGAGGGACAUGGCAUUGAGUUCGCGCCCAUCGGUGGUGAUCCUAGCGAGCUCAUGCGCCUUUGCAUCCAGAACGGGACCUUUACAUGGGCGUUUAUGCGCGAGGCAAGCUCCAAAUUUCGUGGGUGGCUUGAUGAGCUGCUCGCAUCGGCUUGGGAGGCUUGCCAGGGCUCUGAUCUGCUCAUCGAGAGCCCCAGCGCCAUGGCAGGCAUUCACAUUGCCGAAGCUCUCGGGAUUCCAUACUUCCGAGCUUUCACCAUGCCGUGGACGCGUACUCGUGCAUACCCGCACGCCUUUGUGAUGCCGGAGCACAAGAUGGGUGGUGCCUACAAUUACGUCACCUAUGUCAUGUUCGAUAAUGUGUUCUGGAAAGCGACGGCAUCACAGGUCAAUCGCUGGCGUAGGAACCUUCUCGGCUUGCCAAGCACCAACCUGGAGAAGAUGCAACCCAACAAAGUGCCCUUCCUGUACAACUUCUCGCCCUCUGUUGUGGCGCCUCCACUCGACUACAGCGACUGGAUUCGAGUGACAGGAUAUUGGUUCUUGGAUGAAGGCAGCGACUGGACGCCCCCAGAUGACCUUCGCGAGUUCAUUGAGCAAGCACGCAAGGACGGCAAGAAACUGGUUUACGUCGGUUUCGGUUCCAUCAUUGUUCCUGAUCCGGCCAAGAUGACACAAGAGGUGAUUGAUGCCGUCCUCAAGGCCGACGUGCGGUGCGUAUUGUCCAAAGGGUGGUCAGAUCGCAUUGGAGGCACCAAGGAGAAUCCAGCCCCCGAAGUGCCCCUGCCACCGGAGAUCUUCCAGAUCAAAAGCGCGCCCCAUGACUGGCUGUUUGCGCAGAUGGACGCCGCCGCCCACCAUGGAGGUUCAGGCACCACUGGCGCUAGUUUGCGCGCAGGCAUCCCCACCAUCAUCAGACCUUUCUUUGGCGACCAGUUCUUCUUUGGCGACCGUCUGGAAGACCUUGGUGUCGGCAUCUGUCUCAAGAAGUGGGGCGCCAAUUCAUUCGCCAGGGCCCUGUGGGAGGCGACUCACAGUGACCGGAUGAUUGUAAAGGCCAGGGUCCUCGGCGAGUCUAUCCGCAAGGAAACCGGCGUUGAGACGGCCAUCCAAUCCCUCUACCGCGACUUGGAGUACUCCACGAGCCUAAUCAAAGCCAAGACGGGCAAGAACGCGGCUGCCAGUGCCGGCGGCGCGGGCGGCAGUCGUAUGAGUGUCGAUGGCAACUCUGGCGGCGACGAGGAUGAUGAGGAGAGCUGGACGUUUGUGGGUACGGGCGACGAUGCUGACCAUGAGUUUGCCCUUAAGAGGACGUCUCUGCGCGGCUCACCCGAGCGCACGUUCCACGGACUAAUGGAGUCCAGCCAGAGCAGCGUGGGCAGCCGGGCCUUGGGCUCAAAGGUCCUUGGCGGCAAUACCGGUGCGAGCGCUUUCAGGUCAGCAGGGCGAGGUGGCAGCCCUGUUGCCACUAUGGCGCAUACGAAGAGCACCGGUACUUCGAGGCUGGUGUCUUAG